CGCACUUUGACGCGCGUUGUUUCAAAGCAGCCUCCAGCAAUGCAUCAUGGGAUACAAAAUGUCUCCGAAGAAUGCUAACCAUUGCUAAUUUACAGGGAAAACAGCGAGUAAAUUUCACGAUUUGCUACUCAUUCUUCCGAAUUUCUUUCAGUUUGAUCAGAUAAAUGUUUAAAUAAUCUAAAUAAAUUCAUAAUAUGUCAACGAAAGCCGAAUGCAGGGUGUCAAGUUCCACAUCCACAACAGAGGAAAGGAGGAGAUCAAGCAGCACAGGACGUGAAAAACGGAAAAGGAAACAAAGUCGGAGUAGGUCUUCGUCUUCAUCUUCUUCCAGUUCAUCAUCUUCUUCAUCAUCCUCGUCUUCGUCGUCCUCUUGUAGCUCAUCGCACUCGUCCAGCAGCAGUCGGAGUAGCUCCAGUAGCAGCGAUUCACAUAGUAAAUCCAGAAAGCAGUCCAAAAAAAGAAAGGAAAAGAAGCAGAAAAAGAAGGGAAAAAAGCAGAAGAGGCAAAAGCAUAAAAAGGAAAAGCGAGCAAAAGGAGGAGAAAAAUCUGGACCGGUUCAGAUCUCAAAGUACUUAAAGGACAGAGAUAAAGGCAAGUACAGCAUGAUUUCAGGAAAGAAGAUUAAAAUGAAAUUAAAGAAGUCGAAAAAAGACAAGCAGCGGGAUAAAAAUCGGGCAGAACUUUUGGAGUUCUUGAACUCAACCCUUUGAGGCCACAGCUGCAAUCACCGCUACCGUUUGUGAGGCAAAAUCAGAGAACUUCCUGUUGUUUUUUUGUUUUUUUAAGAGACAAAAUAUUAAAGGCAGGUUGCCUUUAUCACCGCAGAAGACGGAAACUGAAACCAAUUUAACCAGUAAAGCUGAAUUUCAGCUCCCUUUUCAGACCAGUUGUUUGUUUGGACCCUUUUACAUGUUAAGUUCAUAAACAGUCUUUGUAAAAUAUUAGAUUUGUAAAUAUGAGAGGAAAAUUGUAAAAUUCAGAUGAACCAGUUGAUGUUCGAUUGUCUGAUUAAACAGAAAUCCAAUGGAA